UUCGGUUUUGUUAAAUACCGGGGUAGGAUACCGACCAUUACGAAGCAUUUUAGAAGGUGUUAUUCUUAAGAUUUUAUUUACUUGUUCUAAUAUAAAAAUAGAGAUUAAAAAUGACGGCAAGGUAUGACAGAGCUAUUACUGUAUUUUCGCCUGACGGUCACCUGUUGCAAGUAGAAUAUGCACAAGAAGCCGUGCGAAAAGGAUCCACUGCCGUUGGUGUCAGAGGAAAUAAUGUAGUCGUUCUAGGAGUGGAGAAAAAGUCAGUAGCCAAGUUGCAGGAGGAGAGAACUGUCAGAAAAAUUUGUCUUCUUGAUGAUCAUGUUGUGAUGGCAUUUGCUGGUUUAACAGCUGAUGCUCGAAUUUUAAUAAACAGAGCCCAAAUUGAGUGCCAGUCUCAUAAGUUGACAGUGGAAGAUCCGGUUACUUUAGAAUAUAUAACAAGAUACAUAGCAAGUCUCAAGCAAAAGUACACGCAGAGUAAUGGACGUCGUCCUUUCGGUAUAUCUUGUCUUAUUGGUGGCUUUGAUUUUGAUGGACAGCCAAGACUAUUUCAAACUGAGCCAUCAGGUAUUUAUUAUGAAUGGAAGGCUAAUGCAACUGGUAGAGCUGCUAAGACGGUUCGAGAGUUUCUAGAAAAAAACUACUCACUUGAUGAAGUAGCUACGGAGAAUGGAGCUGUCAAGCUAGCAAUCCGAGCAUUACUUGAAGUUGUCCAGUCAGGUCAGAAAAACUUAGAGAUUGCAGUUAUGAGACGUGGUCAACCAAUGCAAAUGUUGGACUUGGAUACAAUAAACUCUUAUGUGACAGUAAUUGAAAAGGAAAAAGAAGAAGAGGCAGAGAAAAAGAAACAAAAGAAGUAAUUUUAUAUUUUAUUAUGUUUAAUACAUGGCUUAAGGAAUA